CAUACGUACGCGUAGACGCACCACGGAGGAGGCGUCCGCCGCUGCUCGUUUAUAUCCACUUCGCGCCGUCACGCAACCCCCAACGUGCAACGCUAACGACCGCGCUUGUUACACCGGUGAAGCAGGAAAUCGGCUCGACGGAGGAGGCCGCGUGGCCAGCAAAGCGGAAAUAAUGCGCGGAAGUCGUGGGACGAUCCUCGUCCUGUGCACGAUGAUGAAUUGCCUGAGACCAACCUCAUCCUCGCCCACUUCGACAAAUGUGCGACUUGGCGAUGAGUGCAACCGAGAUCGAGACUGCGAGGCUGGCAUCACUAAUAGCCAUUGCUACUUGGGUUAUUGCCGGUGUCAGCCCUUCUUCGCCGGCUACAAUGAUACUCAAUGUCUUGAAUCGACUCUAUUGGGCAAUGAUUGCCUUGUGAAGGAACAAUGCUCCCUGAAAGUGGCGAACAGUAGCUGCCUCGAGGGUGUAUGCAGAUGUGAAGAGGGACACUUGCAGUUUCGCAGGCACACUUGUCUGGGACCGGCGAAGCUCGGCGAGGUGUGUUACGAGCACGCUCACUGUCGUCUCUGGGACCCGGAGUCGCAUUGCGAUUUUCUCAUUCCGGAUUUAUUCGGUCGCUGCCAAUGCACCGCGCCGAUGCGCCGCGAAGGCGACGUGUGUCGACCUGACAGUCUUGUGAGACCGGCGCCGCUUCCGGAGCACCUGCCUGUCUCUCAGGAGUCGAUAAUAGAGGAUGUCACCGAGAGUGAUAAGGAAGCUGGCGCCGAAGAGCAAAAGGGCGAGACUCAAGGGGAACAAGAUACAGGUGUUCAGAUAUCCUGGCUGAAAAACGCGACGAUGCUCCUGUCAACGGAAACUCCCAGUCAAUUAAUACCGGUUAACCUAGUGACCAGACCGUCAUUUAACCUAAGACCCGGAAUCAACGAUCGAUUCGGACCGAACGAGCUCUCCGAUGACGACGAUGCCAUCGUCAUCGAGGCAGAAGUCACCGAGACCACUCAAAUUGUCACAACGACCUCCACGACGUCUGCGCCAAUAAAGACAGAUCGUCACGAGAGUACGAUAAUGACGGCCGUCAGCCUGGGACUGCCGUGCAUCGCCGAUCUCGAGUGCCGUAUGGCCGAUCCGAUGUCGCGUUGCAUCGGCGGCGUAUGCGACUGCAGUUUCCCGAAGAACAGCAGUUGCAACGCGCGGCGGACCGGCUGCGCGCCGGGCACUUUCCAGUGCCGGUCGACCGGCAGCUGCAUCAGCUGGUUCUUCGUCUGCGACGGCCGGGCCGACUGCGCCGACGGCUCCGACGAGGAGUGCACCGGACGUCGUCGCUGCCCGUCGCAGGCGUUCAGGUGCAACGAGAGCAACGUGUGCAUAUCGAGGUCCGGACUGUGCGACGGCAACCGCGACUGUCCGCGCGGCGAGGACGAAAUCGGCUGCAACAAUCGGCGAAAAUGUCCCGAGGGUUCGUUCAGAUGCAACAACGGCCAGUGCCUGCCGGCGUACGAAUUCUGCAACGCGGUGGUGUCCUGCAGAGACGGCAGCGACGAGCCUAGGGGUGCCUGCAGGACGCGAAAUCGCGGCCGGAUCAGCGCGAGAUUCUGUCCCUUCAGAUGCGACAACGGAAGGUGUCGUUCCGACGCGAUAACCUGCAGCGGUCGAGACGGAUGCGGCGACGGUUCCGACGAGAAACACUGCAGCGUCUGCAGAUGCAGCGGAAGGAUUUAAUCUCGACCGGUCGGCCGAUUUCUUCGUCAUGUCGCGUCGCAACGUCGGGAAAGACAAAAAGAAAAGGAGAGGAAAAAGAGGGCACAGACCACCAGCUCGCCGGCUCGCGUCGACGGUUUCGCGAAGUAAGAUGUGCUCGAGAUGUAGAAGGGCACAGAAAGUAAGUGUGACCAAAGAUCGUUAAGCCGUAUCGCGCGGCGCAACUUAUAAGCUUUCGGCACGCUCCGCGAUUUCGAGACUGAAAGGAUCGUUUUUACUCGGGGCCUGCCUGCCUGCUCUCCAUCACCAAGGAGAGAGAGAGAGAGAGAGAUGGAACCCUUCCGCGCGCGAUCUCGCUCGUUAAAACGAACCGGUCCAGUGACCGACCAGAGUCCGUAGCCCCGGCGCGGCAGAAAUGAUUGCGCUCGCGUAAUAAUGGGACUUAAUCGCGUAUAAUGAUACCACAAGAGACGGGGAUAAUUCGCGCCCGGGGAUAUAGUCCUGGGUUGCCCCGUGACGAGAGAGUGCAGCGUGCAUUCCGAACUUAUCUUCUUUAACUAUUCUCGGAUUCUAGGUAAAAGCAUCUCUAUGUCCCUAUUUUAUCACAGAAAAAAACAGUAUUCUUGAAAGAAUGCAAAUAUGCUU